CACCAUUUCAUUCUCCAACAAGAAGGCGGUUGUAGGCUUCGUCUGUGACUACAUCUCUCCAAGUCCAAGUCCAUUUCCCUAUUUUCCAUUUCCUUAGUCUAUAUAAACUUCAAAAGCUCAAUUUUCUACAAUUUUUCUCUCUUUCAUCCCGAUUUCACACCCUACCUUUCUAUAUCUCAGCGAGUCUUUUACGCAACAUCCCUAGAGAUCGCAUCCCCAGGAAUUGAACUCCUUUUGCUUUGUUUUAUGACUCAUUGGUAACUUAUUCGCCCAAGAAGUAAUUAUUAAAUUAUUUAUUGAAGGUUGUAUUCCUGGAAGUUUGUAGGUCUAAGCAUUACUGCUUUAAUUAUCAAAUUCUCUGGAGCAUUAUAGUGAUUUUCUUUAUAAAGUCAAAUAAAAGAUUCUGUAGUUUUCAAUUGCUUAUACAAGUAAAGCUUCAGAAGCUUCCAGUGAGGAAUUUCUGUAGUGUUGCUCGCAUUGGUAAGUAUAUAUGCAUUUUGAAAGACAAUUGUUUGUAAGUUUGAGUCUUGCCCUUGUUCCGUUUCUCAUUAUGUUUAUUACAUUUUUUAUGAUAUUGGUUUUACCAUGGAUUUCUUUUUCCUUACAUAGUUCUAUGUCUAAGUAAUUUUUAUAAUGCCUUAUUUACUAGCUUUUCAAAAUUUUCAUAAACAGUAGAAAUUUGCAACAUGAGGAGCUAGUUAAGAAUAUGGAAAGAUAGGAGCAAGAGAAUACCACAUUGUCAGUUCUUACAACAGUGUUCUUUGUGUCAUAGCUUCACUUGGGUUUUGUAAACAGAAUAAUCUAGUGAAAUUGGGGCAGAGUGUCAUUUGUCUUCCCACUUAAAGUAAGGACAAGGUUAACAGGAAGGUAUUUUGGGAAAGCUAGAGCAGACUGCUGUCAUCUAAUAUUUCCAACUUUUUGUUAUUCUAAAAAUAUGUGUUUGUCAGUGAGGAAUUCUUGAACUCUCUUGUUACAUGCGGCAACUAGCACAUAGCUAUUCUAAUGAACAAAAUCGAGGCUACAUUUUUUUGGGCAAUUUACUUCUUUGAGAUAUGAGAUGAUUUAGUUACGUGCUUAGGGAACUUCAUUUGGAUUCCAAACUCUCCACAUGGAGUGGAUUUUUAAUUGGUUAUUUUUCAUUUACACAAACUUCAACCAGCACUUUUAAGAGGCUAAAACUUUCUGUUGAUUUUGAUAAUAUCUGUUGAAGGCACACCUGUUUUUGAAGAUGCGGCCUUGUUGUGGGCAACUUCAUUUGUUAAUUCCUUUCUUUCUUAUUUUGUAUAUAAUCUUUCAAGGGAAUGUGCAAUAAUUCAUUGUAGUUUUAAUCAACAGAUAGACUUUCUUCACAGAGGAUAUAUUCAACACACCAAAAAAAAAAAGUAAAAGAAAUGAAGAGUAGAUAUGCUUUUAAUUACAUAUGACAUUUAAAAAUGGUGAGAUAACAUAUGGAUUUAGGUUUGAAGAUGAAUUCUGCUAAUAUCUUCUUUCUUUUUUCCCUCUCCCUGCUGUAGGAAAAUUUUACCUUAUUUUGUGCUUCUACAAAAUUCACAGUAAAAAGCUAUAAUUUGUAUCUAAGACUCCCUCUCACAUGCAUAGGAAAAUGGGAGAGUCUCCAGCGUAGCAAAUCAGUUUACCCUUUUUUUUUCAUGUUCUCUCGUAAUUAUGUUUUCCCUCCCUUGUAAUUACCUUUUCUCAAAAAUGCAAUUUUUUCUAUAAAAAAAAAAGUAUAUGGAUUAUUUAUUGCAUGUUGUGGAAUCAAGUUGGUUUCCAUAAAAUAAUCGAUCAUUAGGAACUAUUAAGUGCCCAGUUCAAGCAAUAAUAUGCUGAAGAAUUAAAGAAUGGUUCCUUUUUGUAUGAAAAUCAGUUUGGAAUUUUCAUAAUCAGUGCCCACAUUUCAAAAAAAAUUUUCCCCUGAAUUUUAUUGAGUUUUUUUUUUUUGGGUAUAUUUUGGGUAGCCAGGAAGAUGUAUAGGUGAAAAUGAAGGGUCAGAAGGGGUGGAUGGCCAUAAUAGGAUAGCCUAAGAAUUAUUUGUGUUUCUAACAUUUCUGUGAAGUUAAGAGACUCGAAAUAAGAAAGGUAAGAGAUGUCAUAUUGGGAUGUUCCAGCUGUGCCAUUAAGAAUGGUGAAUGUACUGGUGCUGAUGGUGCCACAAAGGAACAGAAGGUCAAAUAGAAGUUUGGUCAAUAUGUGAUUUCAAGAUGGCUGGUGUGAAACGAAGACUUUAUUCUGAUUCAGAUACCCAUGCCCUUCACAAAGAAUUAGAUGAGGUCUCGUGUCCUAUCUGCAUGGACCAUCCACAUAAUGCAGUUCUCCUACUGUGCAGCUCACAUGAGAAGGGCUGCAGAUCUUACAUUUGUGAUACAAGUUACAGGCAUUCUAAUUGCCUGGACCGCUUUAAAAAAUUAAGGGACAAUCCUAGGAGCGAUACAACCUUAUCCAGUUCUUUACCUAUCAACUCAUCCAGUUCUGGUAAUACUUCUGAAACAAGCUUGCCUUUGAGAACAUAUGGGCUUGAUGCUAAUGAAAAUCUGAACCUAAAUGAAAGCAAUGAUGUAAACUCCUCUGGAAUUCCUGAGGGGCUUGUAGAAAACAAUAUCCAAGAUUCUAAUAGGCUGUUAGAAACACGAGAAGGCAUUUUGCAAGCAGGUGAUUCUGAGUCAUUUCGUGAUAGGAUUGAACUUGAAGAGGCUGACACUGAGAACUCAUCAGAGUCUGGGUUGAGUUUGAAAUGUCCUUUAUGCCGUGGAGCUGUACUAGGGUGGGAAGUUGUAGAUGAGGCCAGAAAAUAUCUGAACUUGAAGAAGCGAAGUUGCUCUAGGGAAUCAUGCUCAUUUGUUGGAAAUUACCAAGAAUUGCGUAGGCAUGCUAGGAGGGUUCACCCAACAACUCGACCCUCUGAUGUUGAUCCAUCCAGAGAACGAGCUUGGAGAUGCCUUGAGCGACAGACAGAAUAUAGUGACAUUGUCAGUGCCAUUCGUUCGGCCAUGCCAGGUGCUGUUGUAGUUGGGGACUAUGUGAUUGAAAAUGGUGAUAGAUUUUCAGUUGAAAGGGAAGGUGGGGCAGGUGAAGUUAAUGCCCCAUGGUGGACUACUUUCUUCUUGUUUCAAAUGAUUGGCUCAAUUGAUGGCGUAGCUGAACCAAGGGCUCGGCCAAGAGCUUGGACAAGGCAUCGUCGAGCAGCUGGAGCAUUACCCGAGCGUCGAUUCCUUUGGGGUGAGAAUCUAUUGGGUCUACAAGAUGAUGAUGAAGAUGACGAUGAUUAUUUGCAUGUAUUAAGUGAUGCAGGUGAAGAUGGUUCUCCGAUCCCAAGAAGACGUCAAGAUGCUUCUCCGAUUCCUAGAAGGCGUCGGCGUUUGACUCGGUCAAGGUCUGAUGAUCAGUCAUGAAAGAUGAUGGCAAUUUUCUGUAAUUUGCAGAAACUGCCAGCAGAAUCAUUAUGGUGAUUAAGUAUCUGGGUGUCUGCUAACAGUCUGCCAGGGAUGAUGGUUAAGCAAAGAAAGAUUUGUUCAACGAUUAUAAAGGGCAGAUUCUGUUUCAACUUUGUUGGUUUGUUUACAGGGGAAGACAUGGUUACAAGAAAGAUGAAAGAUCACUUAACCAUUUUCUUAGCCCUAGGAACAUUUCUAUUUCAGCCGGAAUUAGAUUUGAUUCCUCCCAAGUUCUAUGAUGGAUCUUGAAUUGUAUAAUUUGUUCGUUUGAUGGUUCCCCACCUGCCACUAUGUGUUGAAUCAAUGGUGGGUAGCAAAUCUAAACUGAUGGGGAAAUUAAAUUGUUGUAUUUUUCUUUUUCUUGCUUUGAAAUUGGAUAUUAUUCAGAUUUCUUGCUUUGUUCGUUGUAAUUGUUAAAAUUGUGUGGUAGAUCGAGUUCACUAUUGGAUUU